UUUGCGCACCUUCCGAGCAGCAACCUGCACUGAUUUAUUCAAAAGGCCGCCAGUUUUCAACGUCGUCUGCGCAACGUUGUUUUCUAGGCACAAAUCGACUUCAAAUAAAUUGGAUGACAGAGAUACUGUCAUGAUGCUAUGUGCAGUUACUGACCCAAAUGGUGUUCAGGAGAGACGUGGUAGGAAAUUGAAGCGCCGUGUAUACAGGAAUAAAGGACCCAAUUACCUGUGGCAUAUGGACGGUUACGACAAAUUAAAACCAUAUGGUUUUGCUUGUCAUGCUUGCAUUGAUGGAUUUUCUCGUCGAAUUCUGUGGUUGCAUGUUGCUAUAACUAACAAUCAACCUGAUGUUAUUGCUGGGUACUUUCUUGCUUGCAUUGAAGCUCUUGGAGGUUGCCCUAAGAUUAUAAGAGCAGAUGGAACUGUUGCUUCUUUACGAUGAGUGUUCUGACAUGAUUGCAAAGAUGAGUUUUCUGGCGAAAAGCAUUCAUGUAUGGACCAUCAACUGCCAAUCAGGUUAAUGGCAUUGUUCAAAGUUAAGCACUUCAUCUGUGCUUAUGACAUUG